GGAACACGGAAGUAACCUCACGAAAGGUGGGAAUGCAGGUGGAGUACUAGCCGACCCUUUGUCUUAUUUAUUCAACCAGACAAGAAGACACUAUACAAAACGAAAGUCAAUAUAAGUCGUAUCUUUGAGACGUUUUGUUCAUCGUUCACAAAGUCAUAUUCGUUGUCAACAGGCGCUCUUAGCUAAGUUUUAUCUUGAAAUAGAAUAGAAAAACAAAAACCCAUCGAGGACGUCUGCCGUCUACCACAUUUCGUCGGCCAUUUUUUUUAGUGUAAGGGAAACAGUGCCGGUGCAGAUGGUGAAAACCAGUCUGUCACAGACGUCAUGGCUUGCAGUGCGAACAAGACACAGUACCAGGCAUCAGACUCCAGCACAAGUCCAACACAAUCCCAGACUGAAGUGGAAAGCAUUGGAGCUGUUGGAAUGGAGCAAAAGCCCCCCGAAUGGUUAAUCCUGGCCUGCCUGGGUAACAGGAUUUUAGCUGCACCACUGUUGUCAGAACUACAAGGAGACGAUUGGAAAGGGAGGUACUCUGUUCAGGAUAAACAAGGCAAAUCUAUACUGUUGUACAAAGCAGACAUCUUCAGACUUGACGAACAACAGCCCGGACGUCAUUUCAUCACAGGAGACGACAUUGACAAGAGCACUAGGAGGCGAGUGAAUGAGGUUUUGCAAUCCAUGUUUCAGCAGAAAAACAGCAACGUGCACGUGGACACCGGAUUUGAAUACUGCAAACAGUAG